AUGGAUGGCGAAAAGGGCGAGUUCCAGGCCCUCGGCGGCUCUCUGGCCCUCCAUCAGAAAGGCGAAUUCCAAGCCCUCAGGGGCACCCUCUCACUUGACCUCAGCAACUGUAAACUACGCUCAGACCCACAACCUAGCAAUGAAUCACGUACCGAUCCGACUCUUGAGCAAAAGCAGUACGCCCAAGGAUUUCUUGACGCCCUUCGUGCUGUUCAACAAAUUCAUAAUUUCGAGUUCGAGAAGAAGGUGCUUUCUCCGGGAUUCAUAGCACCAAUUGUCGGCACUGCUGAAUUCCUCACUCCACUUAUUUCCCCCUCUAGUCGUGACUACCAAGCGAUCCUUAACGCAAUGGUAGCCAAAACUCCAAUCAUGCAACCGGUAGGCGGCAACUCGACAAACUCGAGCUUAGCGACAAACACGGGUUUUCCGACGGCAAUAUCAACGCCGGGAACGUCGUCUGCUGCUGCACCAUCCACGUCGGCCACCGUGACUGCUGCGGAUUCAUCGAUUUUACCGAAAGUCGAGAUUAAGCAGGAACCGCUGUACAUUUCCGAGGAUUUAUCCGAGUCAGACCGAUCGGGGUCGUCAAGCACGGUGACGACUCGGAACACCAGAUCGCUCAAGGGUGACUCUGCAGAGUGA